AUGCCCAUGCUGCUGCAGUCGUGGGAGGCAAUGCAGGAUGACAAUGCCUCCCCGGCAUUGGUCUCACCCACAGACGCACAGCCUGCCGACGAGGCAGCGCCGACGGCACAGCAAGGCACGGUCGACGUCGGCGACUCUGCAAUCUCUCUGUCAAUGGAGGCAGGUCAGCCUAGCCCAUCAUCAUCCAUGGACGGCAAUGCCGCUGUGCCAAGCCUACUGGCACCGCCGCCACUUCCGGCGCACAGAGACAGAGUGCAACAAGGGCCAUCUGCGGACAAACCCGUUGAGGCAUUGGCAAGCGCAUCGCCGCCACCGCCACCGCCACCGCCACCGCCCUCUGUAGAGCAAGAAGGGCCGCCCGCCAAGGUGUCACGAGCGCCGCCCCCUCCGCCUCCUGGGAACAUCUCGGCCGCGCUGCGCGCCAAGAGAGCCGCGGGCAAGCUGAAACGAUCGGCGCAGAUGGGCACCCUGUACAGGCAUCUGCGCGACAGAGUGGAAGGUUCGUGCGCGCACGGCGGCAAGGCACAGGCCAGGAAGAAGCCCCGGACGCCGGGCGGGCCCAAGGGCGACGCGGGCCAGGGCAUGGCCGACGCGUUGGCCGAGAUGACCAAGAGAUCGGGCGGAUCGGCCUACUUCCGGCAGAUCGAAGAGGACGCGGAGACCCAUGCGGCGACGAUCCUGGAGCUGAAGGACGCCAUCAGCUCGUUCCAGUCCAAGGACAUGGGUGAGCUAGCGAGGUUCCUUGAGCACGUGGAGCAGCAGCUGGUGUGCCUGACCGACGAGACGCAGGCAGGUUCCCAUCGAGCUCAGUUCGAGGGCUUCCCUUGCAAGAAGCUGGACUCGUUGAGGAUGGCGGCCGCGCUCUACUCCAAGCUGGACGGCACCGUGUCGAAGCUCAAGGGCUGGAAGCUGGCCGCCCCCGUGUCGAAGCAGCUGGACAGAGUCGAGGGCUACUUCAACAAGAUCAAGGACGACGUGGACGUGAUGGAGCGGAACAAAGAGGAGGAGAUGAACCGGUUCCAGUCUCACGGCAUCCACUUGGACUUCGGCGUGCUGGUCUGGAUCAAGGAGUGCAUGGAGAGCCAGGACGCCAAGGCGACGAGCGCGCGGUCGCCGCCAGGACCAGGUGCACCCCAGGCCGCCGCAGCGCCGCCGUUGAGGAUGCUUUGGCGGGUGUUCCAGCUGGCCUUCCGGGUGUACAACUUCGCCGGAGGCCAGGACGAGCGGGCUGACCGGCUGACCGCCAUCCUGGCGCGCGAGAUCGAGGCGCAUCCCCUCUGA